AUGGUAGAUCUAAUAUCAAAUGGUAUUUUACACAAAUCUGACAUGGCUGAAUUUGCACAACAAGUUGCUGUAGUAUACGAAAAUUUUUCAAAGGAACUAGAUUCUGUGAUAACAACAUUUAGGAAAACAAGUAAAGAUUUAAAGAAAGACAGACCACCAAUUGAUAGUCCGACUUCCAUUUUUGCUGCUUGGGAAACACUAUUUCAAGAAACUGAGAAUGACGCACAGGCUCAUCUUGACGUUGCUAGUUUACUUAUCAAGAAUGUGUAUAAACCCUUGGAAGAAAUUGCUACCCAUAAAACAAGCCAGGCACAAAAACUCUACCAAUUUCGAGACGUGUUUGAAGAUCUUAUUAAGCGUUCGGAAGAUCAUUUAAUGGACCUAGAGAAAGAGUACCACAGCAGUUAUACACGUUACUCUAACAUCAUGUCAACAAGUGGAAGAGAAACUGCCAAAAUAGAUUUUUAUAAUGCCCACAAUGAUUAUGUCUUACAGUUCAGAGCAUCAAACUGUUUAGUAGAAAAAGUCGAAGAUGUCUUACCUGCAGUGUUAGAAGAACUUGAAGAGAUUCACAUCGACACAUGUAAUACAAUCAAAGCUGCCAUUGAGAGUCAUGCUCUUGUUCUUCUAAAUAAAGCGACUGAACGACAUCGAAGGUUUGACGAUUUACUAAAAGUCUGUCACCAAGUCAACCCCCAAUUAGAUGUUUCGUUUUUUAUCCGUUCCAUGAGCCAAGACGUUCUUAGCCUUCAACAACAGCCAUAUCAGUUCAAUUAUCCUGCAGAUAUUAAUGCUGAGUUAAUGGAGCUCGAAUCAGUUCGAGAUCAACUCAUCAUUGAUAGACACACAGAAAGUACUAUUAGAAGUAGACGCCAAGCUGUUCAGAAAGAAGCUUCUGAAUUGACAUCGUAUAUCAAACAGAAUCAGGAUGUAACACAGACUCUAGUCAAUAUGUGUCAAAGCUCCUCCCAAGAUGAAGAAUCCCCUCCAAUAGUGGUGGGAUCAAGUCCGUCUCCUGAAGUAAAAGAUAUUCAACCUCCAGAUAGUCCUUGCAGCGUCUCUUCAAGGACAACCAUUGAGAGUCCUCAGCGAACUUAUUCCAGCAAGCAAUCGCUGGAAAGACGUACAAGUAUCAGCUCUUCUUUUAAAAAAUUCAGAAGCUUCUCACGAGAAGUAUCAACUGAUGCUGAAAGUGAGAGUUCAUCACACCGCAAAGUGAGGUCAAAUUCAGCAAAGCGGCUGGAUUUUAUAUCUCAAGAAAUGCAAUUACAAAGAAGACUGAGGAAUCUAGCAAACCAUUUGUAUGCCAAAGUAUAUGAAACACAAGAGGAUAUGUGUCGGAAAAGAAAUGAAAUAAGAUUAGCUAAUAUUCAAUUGGCAGCAGUUCGGGCUCAGAUCGAAGUCUUAAGCCCGAAGCACAAUGGUGCUGUUGAAGGAACUGAUCAAGAAUCAAAAAAAGCACAUUCCUCUGCAAGUAUCAAAGGCAUGUGGAAAAAAGCAGUUAAAAGCUUGAAGAGUAAUAGUGGAGAGCCAAAACCCACUCGACUGUCAAAGAAAGGCAGUUUAAUCAAGAGAAAGGAUUCUAAAGAGGUUCCAGACACUGAAGGUCCUGAAGAGAGUCAAGAGAUUGACCCUGUCUACAGUUUGCUGAAAUGUGCUGCCGAUUUACCAAAAACUAAUAGAUCCUGUACCCACACUCACUGCAGUGGUCACCAUGCUCGACACAGCCAAGGGGAUACUGCAUGUGGUAAUACCUCUAAAAACUCCAGUCCGUCUUCAUCAGAAGCACCUACAUCGAAGCAAAAAGAAAAAUUCCCCAGAAAGAAAGAUGAAGUUGUUCAUAGCCCAAAGAGCCGAAGAAAGAAGUUGAACUCCCGGAUGAAAAGCUUUUCAUUGGAUACACCAGACCCACCUAAGCAACUUCUAGCUAUUGAUGAAACCACCAAGAAGAAAAGUAGUUCAUUUUCAAACACUUAUCUUGGAGUUCAUCAUGCUGGAUUUCGAUUACAACCGUUAGAUCCUGCUCAAAGAAGUUCUGCAUUCAUUCGUCAUAAGCUAGGAGGCCGAUCAAGUUCCUUGGAAAUUGAUGAGUCAAAAUCCGGGGCAUCAAGUUUUUCCCUCUACUCGAAUCCAUCACCAGUUAGUUCAAACCCAAACUUGUCACAACUGAAAAGCUCGAAGAAGAAAAAUGAUGAUGUAUAUGUUGUUCUAUAUAAUUUUAAAGCCAAAGAAAAAGAUGACUUGGAUCUCAGAGCUGGAUGGCGUAUUUCAGUUCUCGAAAGUUCCAAGAAAGAUUGGUGGAAAGGUAAAUGUAAUGGUAAAGUCGGACAUUUUCCUGCUGCCUAUGUAGAACGUCUUCAACCAGGUCAGCGAAUUUUCCAAGUUACCAGUCCAGUUCAUAUUACUGAAGGGGCUGUUGAUGUACGUUUCCACAAAGAUCAGAUUGUUCUCCAAGUGGGUGAAGAACUAAACGGAAGUAUAUUAGUGAAGUCCAUGAACAACCGACAAGCCAACUGUCCACUGAAGUACCUUUUAGAAGUAUGAGAAAGAUACCAGAUAGAUUUUAUGAGCAUCUUUCUAAAACUAAGAGUACUCAAUCAGCCAUUACUUGAUACUAAAAUAGAUUGUUUUUAUCAAGGUUUCAAUUUGUAACCAUUUUCUUACAGGUCUAAUAUUUUUCUUCCUCAAUUGAAGAGUUUUAUGUCAAAGUUUAACACAAAGAGAAGGAUUUGCAUAACAACUACAAUUUUCUUCAAUUUUGGCAGUUUAUCAGAAUGACCAUAUUAGAAUAAAUGUGGUGCACAGGAAAUAUAAUUGAAAUUAUAUUUUUGUAAAUAUUGUUAUAAAUUAUAUUGCUUGUUAAAUUACUUUUGAUGAGGCUACUUAAAAAUGUACUCCUCGUUAUAUAUACAUUGGCUAAAAUUUACUUACCAACUGAAUAACAAAUUGACAAAAUAUUAGCUAUUUUAACUUGCAUUGAUUGCAAGAUAAAUUUGGAAUAAAAAUGGAAAAACAAUCCUAUUAUAAAAUAAUUUUCCAUUUCAGAAUAUUAACAAACAUAUUCAGCUUUAAUGAAAAGGGUGGGGGGAUUGACAGAAUCAUUACAAAGUCUGACAAAAUGCCUUGUGGAAUUUGCUCUAGCUCUUUAUGGUCUGAGUUCAAAUCAUGCUAAAGUCAACUUUGCCUUUUAUCCCUCCUCGGUUGAUAAAAUAAAGUACCAACUGAGCACUUUACAGGGGUUGAUUUAAUCAACUAACUACUUCCCCAAAUGUGUGGCCUUGGGCCUACAUUAGAAACAAUUAUUACAUUUUCCAACCAACUUGUUAUUUUUGCUUUGUUUUUGUGCUUUGUUGUUGGCACAUUUUAAUGCUUUGACUGAAUUGAAGAAGUUAAAUUUAAAAUCUGAAACCUUUAUCAAAUUAGCAUAAAGCAAAAGUUUUGCUCACGUUACUUCAAUUUUGCCUAUUUAGUGCAUUUCAAAGUUCGCUAAUAUCUGUUUAUUAAAAAAAUAAUUACUUACUGCGAUUAAGUAUUCCAGCUAAUU